AUGCGGGCACUAUUCUUUUUUCUAUAUAUUUUUCUUUCAAUAAAAUUUAUUCACAGUUCUCAAUGUCAAUCUCAUUUUGGUUUAGUUGGUCGUUGUGGAUGUUGUUCCUUUAUUGGUGGUAAUUGUAUUCAUUUUGAAAGUAUUGAUGGUGUCGAUAUAUCAUGGCAUGUAUGUGUACCAAAUCAUAUUAAAAAAACAUUUUCACUUGAACAAUGUAAACCCAAACUAAUUAAUGAUAAAAAUUAUACUCGUAUUUGUCGUACAACAAAUGGAACAUUUCGUUUAUUUCCGCAAUGUACAAUAAAACAAGUUUGUUUUUUACCAACACCCUCAAGAAUUUUUACUCCUCAAUGUCAUACACAAAUGGCUGUAAAAGGAUCAUGUGAACAAUCUUUAAAACGUUUUUCUUAUGAUUCAAAACGACGAGAAUGUGUUCCAUUUAUAUAUUCAGGUUGUGGUGGAACAACAAAUCGAUUUAUUCGAAAAGAACGAUGUGAAAAAUUAUGCAUAAAAUCAACCUGA